GCAGAACUGGUUGACUAAGACGCCAUUUUGCGCUGCCACCACUGGUCGACAGUUGGUGGUUUGAACGUAUUACUGGGAGAAAGGCCGGGCUCGCUGCCCCUCACCCGGACUGCCGCUCGUUGAUCCGCCAGUGUUAGAAACUCGCCGACAUGAGCGACGUGGAGGAGAACAACUUCGAGGGGAGGGAGUCGCGCUCCCAGUCAAAAUCUCCAGCUGGGAGCCCUGCUCGAGUAAAAUCUGAGAGCAGGUCAGGAUCUCGUAGUCCAUCAAGAGCUUCUAAACAUUCUGAAUCACGAUCUCGAUCAAGGUCAAAAUCCAGGUCUCGCUCAAGAAGGCAUUCUCACAGGCGUUACACUCGCUCUCGAUCCCAUUCUCACAGAAGGCGAUCACGAAGCAGAUCCUACACCCCAGAGUAUCGUCGUCGAAGGAGCCGCAGUCACUCUCCAAUGUCUAAUCGAAGAAGGCACACUGGCAGUAGAGCUAAUCCAGAUCCUAAUACAUGUCUUGGAGUGUUUGGCCUCAGCUUGUAUACCACUGAGAGGGAUCUUCGUGAAGUCUUCUCUCGUUAUGGACCUUUAUCUGGUGUCAACGUAGUUUAUGAUCAACGGACUGGGCGAUCACGAGGAUUUGCUUUUGUUUACUUUGAAAGAAUAGAUGAUUCUAAAGAGGCAAUGGAACAUGCAAAUGGAAUGGAACUGGAUGGCAGGAGGAUCCGUGUAGAUUAUUCCAUCACAAAGAGAGCGCACACACCAACUCCAGGCAUUUACAUGGGCAGGCCAACCCACAGUGGAGGUGGUGGUGGAGGUGGAGGAGCUGGCCGUCGCCGUGAUUCCUAUUAUGACAGAGGCUACGACAGAGGAUAUGACAGAUAUGAAGAAUAUGAUUAUCGCUACAGGAGGCGAUCACCUUCUCCUUAUUAUAGCCGUUACAGAUCACGAUCAAGAUCUCGUUCCUACAGCCCAAGGCGCUAUUGAAGAACAGAAGCCAGUUACAAUUGCAAACAUGGUUUUUAAACAGCAAGUUCUGACCUUAGCUUUUCUUAUAGAUCCUCUGAAGUUACCCUAGACCCUAUUAAAGAUCUUUGGUUCAUUAUGUAUUUUUAGUUGAAAUAUCAGUUUUCCAUCUCUUAUUGUAAUUCUCCAAGUGUAAUUGUUGUAGUUUUAUGUACUUAAAUGUCUUUAAGAAAAACGAAAUAGGCUUCCCAAAGUGUUGAUACAUUUUGUAAAUCAUUUUCUUUAUUUUUUAAGCAAGUGUAUUUCUGUUGAACCUAAUGGGGGCGGGGAAAGAAAUAAUUAGUUUGUUUUAAAGCUUGCACAUUGUAUUUCAGUAGAACCCUACUAUUUGAAUAACCAUCUUUUUGCCUAUUUCUUCUGAGAAAAUGUUGACCUGUAUCUUCAGUUACACUUCAGUAUGUAUCCUUGAGCCGGAGUUAUCAUUUAUAGUUCUCAAUGUAGUAAGUAAACAUUACUGGAGGGAAUUCUGUGGAAAUAUUAAUUGUAUACUGAAAAUUACAGCUUGGUAUGUGUUGGAUAAAAUCUUUUUGAUGGCAA